UUUCAAAUUUAUUUCCAUCAGUCCGUCGACCGUCGUACAACGGCUGUGAGUGGUCCGACCGCCAGUUGCCGAUAAUAAUAAUAUAUUAUAAUAAUAUUUUAAUAACCGUCUCGUUUGUGUAAUACCUAGUAAUAAUUUAAAUAUACCUAUUUAUAAUGUACCGUCAAUGUUACUAGUUAUGUCUGAAAUGUUUUUAUGUCACCUAUUUUUUAUAGAGUUGUUUGGAAUACAAUAAUUUAGGAGUGCCUAAAAACAUGGAAUCGCCAGCUGUGAUAUUGGAAACAAAUAAACGUUAUUUCAUCGAAGACAAAUUUCUAAUUGUAAACUGUUUCUACGAUCAAAAGAAAAUUAGUCCAUGGCUUAAAGAUUGGAUUGGACUAUACCCGUGUGAUAAUGUAAAACUAUACGAACCAUUGAUAUUUGAAUAUGUUAUGGACCAUCCAAGGAUAGAUGGUAGUUGUUAUAAAAUUAAAUUUGUACCACAACUAUUCGCUAAAUCCAUCCAUUGUUCUGGUAAAUACCAGUUUGUGUACGUGGAUUCCUAUUUUAAGGUUAUUGCAACUAGUGAUCCAAUUCAAUUUGUGCAUAAGAAUGAUUGUAACUGUAACAGUUCUCUGUCUCAAUCAAAUUGUAUGGUUCACAUAAAAAUAGGGCAGGAUAUUAAUUCAGUAGUUCAGCGUUUGAAGUGUCUUGAAGCAAGAUUACUUGAGUUUGAAAAAGGUAAACAAGAAGCAAUGGAGCUUAAUGAACAGCUUGUACAAAAAUUGAAAGCGUGUGAAAUGCUUAGAUCUAGAGGUGAACAAUUUAUUGAUGGCCUUUAUAAAGCACUUGAUCAAGGAAAACCAGUGAAGUUAACAAACUCUAAAGGACAUACACGUUGGAUCAAGCGAAUGCGAACUACUGAAAUAAGAAACCAUGUAAUAUCUACCAAAAUAGUCAGAAAUGAAGUAUAUUUAACAGCAAUCAUAAAUACUCAAGAACAAGAAAUACAGAGAUUACGUGCCAUUAACAAUGAGCUUAGUAAUACUAACACAAUAUAUUUAAAGCAUUUUAAGCAGUCGGGUCACAUUUAUACACCACAGAUUACUGAAACCAUUGAUGCAGAAGAUGUUCAACAGUUAAAAUCAUUGAGUAUUGAAUCAAUUCCUUCUGCAGUAGUCAAAUUUAUCGAUGACUCAGAGUUAAGUGAUGACUACUGCGAAUAAACAUUCUAGCCACCUACACAUUUUGUCUGUUUAUAUAUUUUUUAUUCGACUUAUUUGUUAUUAUUCUUGUUAUUGAUUUUAUAUUUUAGUGCAAAUACAGUAUUACUAUUACCAUAAUUAA